GCCCACAAGGCCUCAGCCUUACACAGAGAACCACAGGCAACUGAGGAGAGCUGGGAGGAGGAGAGGGGGCUUUCUCGAGGAAGAGUGUACCAGCUGGUCAGCCCUGGGAGCAUACAUAACAAGUAACCUCCGAACUACAGCAUCUUUAGAAAAAUCCUUUGGGCAUAAAAGAAAAAAGCAAGAUUGAAUGAGCUUCAAUUACCAGUAAUACAGUACCAUUCACAGCCAUGUGAGCACUGUGAUCUAGGAAGGGUCUCAAGCCUUGCUUGACAUCACUGCCCCCACGUGUUCUCCGCUCUCCAGCGGCGCGGCGCUCUCUCGGUACUGACCCUCCGAGCUCAAGCUUUACCUGCACCGCAGCCCUUCAUCCCGGUACCGGUGUCAGAUGCGAGAUCCUGCGGCUAAGUAAGAAAUCCAAUCUCACUGAACACAAGCAGAAGGCGGGCACUUGCUUUUCCAGAGCAGAAAGGAAACUGAUGCAUCAGAAAAGGUGACUAAUAAACAUACUGAAAGAAUAUGGCUGCACAGAUACCAGAAUCUGACCAGAUAAAACAGUUUAAGGAGUUCCUGGGAACCUACAAUAAACUUACAGAAAACUGCUUUUUGGACUGUGUUAAAGACUUCACAACACGAGAGGUGAAACCUGAAGAGGUUACCUGUUCAGAACAUUGCUUACAGAAAUAUUUAAAAAUGACACAGAGAAUAUCCAUGAGAUUUCAGGAAUAUCACAUUCAACAGAAUGAAGCCCUGGCAGCCAAAGCAGGACUCCUAGGCCAACCACGGUAGAGAGGUCCUGAGGCGUGGACUUGCACUGAAAGAUUGCCAGCAGCUGUUGCAGUCAGAAGGAGGAUUCAUCUGGUGGAGAAUCCCCUGACACACAGCAGGAGCCAUGCCGUGGUAACACCAUCUGUCAUGACUACCUGACCAAUGAAAACCACCAGAGAAAAAUCACUGUUAACCAGAAAAGAGUCAAACCAGAGGCCUUCCUGUGCAGUAAAAAUGGUAAGAUGCGGUGUUGUUGAGGCCUUAAGAUGUGUCUGCGUGGUCACCGUGGUUGCAAAAAUAAACCACUGUUCCUUUCUUUGUGACUGUUAAUUUUAAAAGCAAAAUAUGUGUCCAAUCAUGUAUGAGAUAUAAAAAUUUAUUACUAAAAAUAAAAUAAAUGAAAAUAUCA